UACCCAGAAAGUGGUUUACUAAAUCGUAUAGAAAAAUGUAAAACCAAAAAAAGACAACAGUGGCGAAAUGCAUCGGCUAAUGCAGCAACAAAAAAACUAACAGAAUUGGCUAAGUAUUUUUUUGAAUUUACCCCAUUCGUUGAAUCACUUAAAAAUUACUUUUUAUGUGAACGGCAUUAUAACCAGAUCAUUACCAAACCUUCUUUUAUUAAACAAUUAACAAACGAAUCAGUUAAACCAACUUCUGUCAACUUUGAAGUUCAAGUAUCUUUGUCAACUAUCAAUGUUGGAGUUCAAGUAUCUUUGCCGACUGUUGACUUUGGAGUUCAAGUAUCUUUGCCGACUAUUGACUUUGGAGUUCAAGUAUCUUUGCCAGAUCUAAAAUAUGAAAUUCUUUUAGAACAAAUUAGUAAGCUAGAAAGUGCUAAUGCACAAUUGUUAGCUAAAAAUAAAGCAUUAAAAAAAAAGUUAUGUGAAAGAUUUACUAACCAACAAGAUCGCAUUAAGUUUAUUAUAGAAAUUGCCAAAAAGGAACGAAAUAAUUUGUAUGAAGAUAUAGAAGAAGAACUUCUUCUUGAGAAAAAUCAGGAAACAAAUGUGAUUGAUGACUUGGUAAACUCUCAAAGCCAGAUAGGAAAUAUGAAAAAAUGCUGUUUUUGUCAAGUCUCUGAUAUCGAUAAUAAGAAGCAGAUUUGGCAUCCAAUACCUAUAACAUGUGAAGAGGUAGAUUUUCAAAAAACCAAAAACUCUUUAACAAAAUCGCAACUUUCAUCUAUUAUUAACUCUUUAAUUCCUUCUUUAGGUGAUUCUGAUCAUUCGCAUUUUCGAGGUUUAUCAAAUAAAUCUCAUAACGAUUUAAUAAAUAUUCUUCGAGAGAUUAGAAGUGUAGUGGCCAAAAAUAGUAUUAAUAUUGGCA